CAGAUUUAUUAGAUAAAAUAUAUUUAAUCAAGGCUACGUAUAUCAUGUUUAAUUAUUUAAUACAACAUACAUACGUUAUACUACCUAAAGGAAAUAUAUAACAAUAAAGGUGUUAAAUAAAAUGUAAUUUAUUCGAAGAAUCAUUUUUUCAAGUAUCUAAUUAAUAAUAAUACUAUUUUCAGGUUCGAAUAUUGUUGUUCGACAACAAUCAACCAUAACCAAGCAAGAAAUUCAAGAUUUUUAUAAGCCAGCUGAACACAUUUACGAUUAUAAUGUUCAAUCUCGCAAUGGUCAUAAGCGCCCAUAUCAUACGGAAAAUUCGAAUGAAGCAGCAAAUACUAAAAAGACACGCAUGAGCAUCGUCAAGACACGAGGAUUAAUUAAGACAGGAACAUCGUUAUCGAAUAAAAUCAAUUGGUAUUACGUGAAAAAUACAGAUAAUUUGACCAACUACAGAACAUUUUUAGAAUCAACAAAAAAAGACUUAAUAGAACUACUCAAAUUACUAUCAACAAAACAACCAAUUAAAUAUAAUCUUAAAUUAGAAGCAACAUAUGAACGCCCGAACGUAGAAAAUUCAGCAGAGAAUAGAGCAUUUAAGACCUCAGCCAAGGAAAUGUUUAUGGAUACAGAUAUCGAAGCUAAAAUUAAUCAAGAUUUUGCCAAUCUUUUGCUAGAAGAAGAAAUUUAUACUUCUAAAGGAAGUGGAUUUACGUUACAAUCAAUAGAUGGUUUACUGUUAGGAGUAUAUAAUUAUACGCCUAUGGGUGGUUCGUCUUAUAUUAAACUUCCAGAAGACAUUAAAAAUAAAAAAGCAAUUAUCAACCCCCAAAACUCAGACCAACAGUGCUUCAAGUGGGCAAUUCUGGCAAGACACGUUUCGGGUAAUGCCAAAAAUCAAGUGGCUGAAAAUUAUACAUCGCUCGAGGACAAAUAUAAUUUUUCUGAUAUAACAUUCCCAACACCUGUGAGGGAAAUAAAAACAUUUGAAAAAAAUAAUCCGAAAAUAUCAGUCAACGUUUAUGGAUUAAAAAAAGAAAAGAAUAAGAAACAUAUUGUUUAUCCACUUAAGGUUGUGGAUGAAGAAAAAAAAUAUCAUUCUGAUCUCUUACUAAUUACUGAUGGUCAUAAAAGCCACUACACCUACAUUUCGAACAUUUCGAGGCUUGUGAGAUCACAAAUAACCGGACAUGAAGAGAGCGUAAUAUUUUGCAAACGUUGCUUCACCAGAAUCGACAAUAUACAUACAAAAUAUAAGUUAAAAGGUCAGGCGGGGCUUGAACAACAUAAGUUGAUAUGUGGAGCACACAAGCCAAUUCUACCUAAGAUGCCUGAGCCCGGUACAUUGUUACAGUUCGAUGGGUGGAGUAACACUGAAAGACAUCCGUUCGCGAUAAAUGCCGAUUUCGAGGCACUCCUUGUUAAAUGUAAAGAAAACAAAGGCAAGAAAACAGCAGCUUUUCAAAAACACGAACCGAUGAGCUUUGGAUAUUUCGUUAAGGCUACAGAAAACGUACCGGAUUGAUUUGCUUGAGAAAUAUGAGA